AUGAAUGAGGAGUCUGCUGCGGGCCUGCCCUCGAAGAUUUAUGGCACCAUCGAACCAGAGGAAGAGUCAGCGGGGCAGGGGAGGAUUUCCCACAAAAGGUCUUACAUAGCAGUGGCUGUCCUAUGCUAUAUUAACCUGGUGAACUACAUGGACUGGUUUGUUGUGCCAGGAGUGCUUGAGAAGAUACAGAAAUACUUUUGCUUUGGGGACAGUAAAGCUGGCCUGUUGCAUACAGCUUUCAUCCUCUGUUUCUUGUUCUCGGCGCCGCUGUUUGGAUACCUCGGAGACCGAUACAACAGGAAAAUCAUCCUGAGCGCUGGAAUAACACUUUGGUCAGGCGUGACUCUUGGUAGCUCCUUCAUCACUGCGUCGAUGGACUGGUUGUUCUUCAUUUCGCGUGGACUGGUGGGUGUUGGCACCGCCACCUAUUCCACCAUAGCUCCUUCCAUCAUUGCUGAUUUGUUUGAGAAAGACCGCAGGACAUGCGUGCUAUCCAUCUUCUACAUUUUCAUACCAGUUGGAAGCGGCCUUGGCUACAUCCUGUCUUCUACAAUGGAGCAAGCCACCGGCAUCUGGAGAUGGGGCUUCCGAGUUACACCUUGCAUGGGAGCGGUUGGCCUAGCUCUCCUGGUCCUGUUGGUUCCCGUACCUGCCCGCCGGGCCGCUCAGAAGCAUGUGGAAAAGGCGAGCGAACAGAGAGAGAAUUCAACUUGGUGCAAAGAUGUCUCAUCCCUUUGCAGAAACUGGAGUUUUGUAUGGUCCUCGCUGGGUGUGACUGUCCUGACUUUUGUCACCGGAGCUCUGAGCUUCUGGAUCCCCACGUUCCUCUGCAGAGCUGAGACUCUCCAAAGCAAUGUCUCUUUGUCAACAGAGCAAAAAUGCAACGCCAACAACAGCAUGAUCUUUGGAGGCAUGACUGUUGCGGUAGGCAUUUUGGGGGUUGUUACCGGUGCUGAAGCCGCUAGAAGAUACAAGAGGAUUAAUGAGCAAGCCGACCCCAUCAUCUGUGCUGUGGGGCUGCUCGCCUCGGCCCCGUGCCUGUAUCUGGCGAUUAUGCUGGCCCAGGACAGCAUUGUGGCUACGUAUAUUUUUAUUGGCCUUGGAGAAUUCCUUUUAUCUUUAAACUGGGCCGUUGUGACUGACAUACUCUUGUAUGUGGUGAAACCCGAACGCCAGUCAACAGCGGUGUCUCUGCAACUUUGUGUCAGCCAUUUGCUGGGUGACGCUGGAAGCCCGUAUCUCAUUGGAAUUAUCUCUGAGGCAUUCCAGAAGAGCCGGGCUCAUCCGUCUGUCCUAUGGUCCUUCCGAAGCCUUCAGUACAGCUUUAUCUUGUGUGCCUUUGUCAGUAUCUUGGGCGGAGGUUUCUUCCUCCUGACAGCCCUACACAUCGAAGACGAUCGGAGGGAAGCUGCAGCGCCGAUUCAAGGUAUAGAAAACAAAAAUUAUCACUCAUAUGAACUACACCUGGACAAACCUCCUGAGAAGUAAGUGAACCCCUGCUCCCCCUGCCAACUGGAAGAAAAUGUCUGGAGAUCAACCCAGCCUCGUCCACGUGG